AUGAAGGUUGUCUCUGCACCCAUACAGGUGGUUAUUCGAGGGGAAUUUUCAGCUGAAGGCGAAGCCUCCGAGGUCCUCGCCAUCGACGACUUAUCCUUCAGUCCCGGCUGCCUGACUGCGCCCGGACCAGUGACUCCCCAGCCUCUGACCUGCAGUACGGACCAGUUCCAGUGUGCCUACUCCUUCCAGUGCAUCCCAAAGAACUUCUGGUGUGACAAAGAGCCCAACUGUGCUGAUCAGUCCGAUGAAGAGCACUGUCCGGCCUUUGUACCUGGGACUAUUCCUCCUCAGCUCCUCUGUCUCAUUGGGUUUUAUCAGUGUUCAGACUCUCUGUGCCUCCCGUCCAUACUGCGCUGCGACGGUGUCCCCGACUGCCCUGACGGAGACGAUGAGUACAGCUGCCGUAAGUAUCUGUGUGUCUUUAUAAAGCAGGAAUUACUUUGACUAGACAGGUGCCAGCACAGAGAUGGGGACAGACAGAAUAUUUUAGUAGUCUGCCGAUGUUAUGAACAAUAGAAACAAAUA